AGCUGGUAGUAGUUUAGUUCGAUGCGGACACCUGCUAAAAUCUAGAGGAUUUUUGUCGAUUUUUAUGGCUUAUUGCGUUCAAGCGACGAUUGUGACGGAUAUUUGGCGCGUAUAAUCUUCCGGGCGAACGAACAAACGGUGCCACGGGAACGGACCCGAUCAGCGAGGAACCCGGUCACUUCCGGAAACUUUGUGAGUUUAGUGUUGUGCGUGUGGGCUUUCGGACGGGAGACGAGAGCGACGACAUUUGUUGGGAGUGCGUUGAACACACAGGGAUCGCGCUGUGAUUCUGCUGCAGUGCCACCUUCUUGUGUUGUAUGUUGUAUUUAAGUGUUGGGUGAAGCAGGAAGAAGUGAGAGCGAGAGAGCUCUGUGACCACUGUGAUAUUGCGGCACACCACAACACCACCCGGGACAGGACAGGACAAAGAGCUUCAGACCCCCACACGAAGUGCUUGCCGCCGUUGCCGCCAUCCGUCGUUUUCUCCUAAUCGCACCCGCACCCGCGCCUUCGCCCAGUCAGCUGUGAAAACAGCACCGUUUGAAACACAGGGAAAUUAAUAUGCAAGAAUCGCAGCUAAUAGCGGUCCCUUCGGCUCCAAACGGCAACGAAAAUCCGCCAUGCACCUGAAUGUGUGGCUGCGCCCGGCACAGAUAAAUGAUGAAUGAAUGGAGGUAAUGAAUGCAAUGAAUGUCUACUGCGAUGAACGAGAGCAACGACAAAAAAAGUAAUAGCCAAUGAAUAGCUGAGGCGCCAAUCGCAGCAUAAAAACAAACGAAUGAAUGGCAGGGCUUCCCAUUUGCAAUGCAAACACUUGUUUUUUUUGUUGUUGAAGAAUUUACCUGUCAGCUGAAUGUGUUUUGUAGAGCGUGAUAAGGUGUAGAAUACUAAGUGCAUUUUUGCUGAAGAUUUUUUUUUAUCUGUUAUUCAUAAUUUUCGACGAAUCCCUUCCCGUCCAAGUGCCAUAGUCAACUCAAGUGCGUCGCCAUAGUAAUAGCUUAUUUUACGUGUGUACAACAAGAAAAGCCCACAGUGCAAAGCCAUCAAGAAACGAGAUAAAAAUAGAAGAAGAAGAAGAAGUAAUAAGUGUGUUGUGUUAAAGCAUGAGAAAAAAAUGAUAACAAUUUAGCAGGCGUGUAAAUUGAAUGUCCGCUCCGACCGAUGACAAUUUUAUAAACACUUAAGUGAACAAGUUUUUCGAGUGGCAGUGGCAGCAGCAGCAGCAGCAUCAACAUCAGCGGGGAAAUAAACAGCAGACAAGCAUUCGACAGCAUCAAAAAGUAUGCUGGAGUACGACUGAGCCUCUAAGUGUGCGAAUGUGGGGAUACCCAUUGAUUUGAUUAUGUAAUAUAUUGAACUAUGUAACCGGAGAAGUGCAAUUAAUAACCCCCUGGGAAAGCAGUCCGUCCAGUAAGAAAGAGAUUCAUAGAAUAGAGAAUGUGAUACAAACCGUCCUUGCAGAGGGAAGAAAAUACUCAACAGUGCUUCCAGUAUAUGGUAUUAGAUAAGUAGAAACAUAAGUGCAAUUUCUCAUAGAGGCCAACGAAUCUCCAAGAGAAAGUCCAUAAAAAAUGUCUUCCUCACCCGACAUGCAACAUCACCAACAGCAGCAACAGCCACAUAGUGAAAUCAAAUCUAAUCCUCCCACGCCACCACCGGAGCUGGCGACAAUGACUAACGUUAGCGUGUUGGAUCUACACAAGGAUUACACGGCGGAUGUGGGUCAAACAAAAGUUUACGACAAAGAAACGAACACGGUGUAUCUUUACGCCAAUCCAGGCCAUAAAAUAAACACUUCCAUUGAGGCAAUUCAAUCACCCCAACAAUUGACCACAAUCGUACAGGCGGGACACCAUCAUCAGCUUGCCUCGCCGGAUCACGAGGUAGAACAGAAUCUGCUCCACUCGAGGCUGAUCCAAGAACAGCAGCAUCAACAGCAGCAACAGCAACAGCAACAGCAACACCAUCAGCAUCAGCCUCACGAAGAGGAUCAACACGUACAGCGACUCUCGCCGGGAGACCAGGUAAUUGACGGAAGAUUAAUACCGUCCGGCUUGAAUGGCGAUGUUCAGCAGCAACAGCAUCACCACCACCAUCAGCAACAGCAACAUCAGUCACUUGCCCGUCUCUCGCCGGACGAUCAAUCAGUGCGUAUGCUGGACAACGCACACAUCCAGCGUCUGCUGGGCAACCAGCAAAUCAUUAGUCGUGAGAUCAUCAACGGUGAGCAUCACAUCAUCACGCGUAACGAGAACGGUGAAACGAUUCUGACACGGAUCGUAAAUGCCCCGGCCACCACCACAACCGCCGAUCAAUUAAUCAACAAACUUCCAACUGACCCGAAUGGCAUUUACAGUGGCCAUCACCCGGGAACCGGUGGCCCAUCGACCCCGACCGCUGAUCAACUUCCAACUACUGUGCUCCAGUAUGAGAAGGAAUCCGAGAACAAACAACAGCCAAUUUACGCCAAUCCGACGAGCGAUCCCUCCCCGGAUCAGGGAGCCACCAUUAAUCACCCCAAGCAAAUUGUAUAUACGGUCGGGGGUGAGCCAAAAAAUGUCAUUUACGGCGACCCGAAGGCGGCCAUCCCACACUUUGAACCCAUGAGCCAGGAUCCGUCCGGGCAGGAUCCGAAGCCCCAGAUUGAUUAUGUGUACAACGAUGGCAACAAAACUGUGAUUUACACGGACCAGAAGGGGCUGGAAAGUUUGUACGCAAACAACGAGCUCGGACUGAUGGACGGAACCCAAAUCGUGGUCCAGGGGAAUCUCCAGUAUACUCAGCAGCAGGGACCGGAUGGCACCACGGUGUAUGUGGUUGCCUCGGACAUGAACGCGGAUGACAUCGGUGCCCAGAUACAGCAAAGCAACCCCACCGCAAAAAUUAACGGCCAAACCACGCCUCUGGACGUAUCAGGCCUAUCGCAAAAUGAUAUACAGGGCAUACUGCUUGGUUCACACCCAUCAUCACAGACGAUAAAUGUCAAACGUGAGCCCGAAGAUCUACGUAAAGAGCCGAAAAAUCCACGAAGUCAAAAGGUACUAGUGGUUCAGCCGACAUCGCCCUCUAUACAAAUUAAAGAACCUCCACCUAGUCCUGGAAGUCCUUCGGCCGAAACCAUGUAUGCUGCCCCUGGCAGCACGCAGAUUUACCUGCAGGGUCCAUCACAUCAGACAAGUUCGGCCGCUACGGCAGGUUCCAAUGUGAACACAAACUCGCCCAGUCCCAGCUCGUAUGACCAAUAUGGAAUGUAUCAGCAGAGAUUAGGGCCUGGCGGUGCGGCAUUCAUUGCCGAACAGUACCCGUACCGCGAGUACUUCGAUCCGCAGGGCUAUGCCCCGGCACGUACCAUUUACGGUACGGCGGAUUCGGACGGACCCCAGCCAGCGACCACGUACGAGGGUCGUUACACGUCCAAAACGGGUUCGAUCUACACUAAAACCAUCACCUCCGCUGGACUAACCGUGGAUCUUCCCAGUCCUGAUUCGGGUAUUGGUGCCGAUGCUAUUACUCCCAGAGAUCAGAAUAAUGUACAACCGUCCUUCGAUUAUACAGAACUGUGCCAGGCACCGACCGGUUUGCUGGAUCCAAACUCCAGCACAAUACCGGCCUCGGUCGCUAGCCUGCAGCGCAACCUGGUGGUCAACGGAGGCCAAAACAGUCCGACGACCUCGAUUGGCAGUGCGACCGCCCCACCCCGGUCCCGACCGUGGCACGAUUUCGGGCGCCAGAACGACGCCGACAAAGUGCAAAUACCAAAAAUAUUCUCGAACGUCGGCUUCAAAUACUUUCUGGAAAGCCCCAUCAGCUCGUCCCAGCGGAGGGAAGAUGACCGAAUAACGUACAUCAACAAGGGACAGUUCUACGGGAUCACGCUUGAGUACUCGCACGAUCCCGAUAAGCCACUCAAGAGUCAGACUGUGAAGAGCGUCAUCAUGUUGAUGUUCCGCGAGGAGAAGAGUCCCGAAGACGAGAUCAAGGCAUGGCAAUUCUGGCACAGUCGGCAGCACUCGGUCAAACAGCGGAUACUGGAUGCAGAUACGAAGAACUCCGUGGGUCUAGUCGGUUGCAUCGAGGAAGUGUCACACAACGCUAUCGCCGUUUAUUGGAAUCCGCUGGAAAGUUCCGCAAAGAUCAAUGUUGCUGUUCAAUGUUUGAGCACAGACUUCAGCAGUCAAAAAGGUGUCAAGGGUCUACCGCUCCACCUGCAGAUCGACACAUUCGAGGAUCCACGGGAUACCAGUGUAUGCCAUAGAGGAUAUUGUCAAAUCAAAGUCUUUUGUGAUAAGGGUGCUGAACGUAAAACACGAGAUGAGGAGCGGCGGGCGGCAAAGCGCAAGAUGACUGCAACAGGUCGGAAAAAGUUGGACGAACUUUACCAUCCCGUUGUGGAUCGAUCGGAGUUUUACGCGAUGAGUGAUCUGAUGAAACCUCCGGUGUUGUUCUCUCCCUCGGAGGACAUCGAUAAGGUAACGCGAUCAUUUAUUUGCAGCCCCGGCUCAGUGUUGCAAGGUUCUUUCGUAUCCCAACAGCUUACCUCGAUGGAUCUGCCAUUCUACGGACACGACGGAGACUCCCUGUCCGGAGCUUCGGAUAACGUGAAGUCGCCAUUUUUGCUGCACGCAAACAAACCUUCAACGCCUACCCUCAAGUUUCACAAUCACUUCCCGCCAGACGUUAACACGGAUAAGAAAGACCCCAGCAUAAUCAUGGACGGCUCGCUGGUCGGUAGCAUGUCCGAGUUCGCACCACAGAUCAAGCGACAGCGGAUGACCCCACCACUGAACGAACGAGUGAUGCUAUACGUUCGCCAGGAUAACGAAGAUGUGUACACGCCUCUGCACGUGGUCCCCCCGUCAACGGUCGGACUUUUGAACGCUAUCGAAAAUAAAUUCAAAAUUUCGACGUCGAGAAUUAAUAAUAUUUAUCGCAAAAAUAAAAAAGGGAUUACAGCGAGAAUUGAUGACGACAUGAUCAGACAUUACUGUAAUGAAGACAUCUUCAUUCUGGAAGUCCGGCAGUACGAGGAGGAUCUGUACGACAUCACGCUCACGGAGCUACCGACGCAUUGAUGCCGGACCGCUGGACCGAUUAUUUCUCGUUAGAUAAAACUUUGUUUGUUUUUAGGAGCUUGCUUACUAAUAUUAGAUAUUAUAACAGUUAGAAAACGUAAACAUUUGCUCGACAGUGCCUUAAGAGAGACAUUAAAAAACGUUAAACUGUAUAAAGUUAAGCAGAACACGUUGUUGGUAUAGCGAAAAUCACUCACAGCUGAGAUGAACAGAUGAAUAGCAUGAAUGUUUAAGAUAUUACAAGCUUCAGUGCGUACACAUGCAAACUGAUUAGAGUUAUUUAUUUAUUUGUAGACGAAAAAGACGACGCAACGCCCAAAAUCAAGAGUAAGAUUUGUAAAACGUACAUUUGCUCCUCUUAGCAGAGAUUCCGUCGAUAGAAAACUAGAUAUAUCUCGAGGAACGACCAUUCCUCAAAGCAUCACUUAAAAGCAUUUAUUGAACCUAGAUUUAUCGCUUCAAUGAUCAAACAAGCAGCUCUGUACAUUUCAAGAUCUCAAAACAAUUUAAUUUGGUUGGGCGCCCCCGUGGAAAUUCGUAGUAAUUGCAACAAGUCCAUACAUAAUUUUGCUCAACUAUUGGCACAAUUUGCAAAGUGUUUCAUUUGAGGCGAAACCAUUGAUGGAAUACAGGUGAAUCACGUGCCCCGAGAGUAGAUUCCAAGCCAUACUAUUCUUUCACUAGGAGAUAGAUAGCUUCUCGCACAAUCAGUUUACUUUUUACUUUUGAUUCUGAAUCAUCUCUGAACGAAUGAACGUACUUUUUUUUUUUGAUCGAGACGAAAGCGCAAACAAGAACUUUUUGUACAACAAAAUAGUUUUAAUAGCUGUUAGCGAUCAUUCAACGGUUGCAAUAUUAACAAUAACGACACGAAACGUAACAAUAGUGUAAGAUCGUAAAUUUUAACACCUAGAACCGUAAGUUUGAAACUCAUUUUACAUUCCAUGACAACACAUUUAAUCUCCACUGGAACAGCAGCACUGUUCUCUCACUCAUUCCCUUUUUACGUGUACUUUUUUAUUGAAGCAUUCAAAGAAAGCGUUUUAAAUUCUAGAACAAGCAUGCUAAUUUUAAGAGAUAAUCCCCUUUGAUGAAACUGCCAUACUUGAGAAUACAAAUAGUGCGUAAGGAGAUACUAAUUGAUAAAACUUAGAGAAAGAAAGAAAGAAGAAAAAAAAAAAGCAUUGCAAACAUCACUAAUUGUUAAGUACCUGAGAGAUUUAAAGUGAAACAAAAGCGGACGAAGAGUGUAUUUUUUAAAGCUAAUCCAAGCGCAAGGCUAAAUUAAUCUACAAAUAGCAACGAGAGCAGCAAGCGAGAUAUUCUAAUGUGAUACAAAUAAUGCUAUACAAAAUUGUCUGUUGUUGAAUCUGUAUCGGCCACUACUGUACGCGGAUCCCCCAAUCGUUAUUUAAAUUCUUGCCACAGUCAAAGGGUAUCCAUUCCAUUUGCCAUAUUUUCCUUUUUACCCUCCCCUAAGUGGCCAAAAAAAACGAAAGCGCUCAUUAGCUAGCGUUUGUUUAUAGUUUAUGACUCGAUAUGAAUCGCGUGAGGUGGUCUGAAGGACGAACUGUUUGAUUUGAAUGUAGUAUUAAUAUUUUAGAACGUUGCUCGCGCAAAGUAGAAUCAGCGCCAACGCAUCUUGGAGAUAACUGCAAUAUUAAUUUUACUUAUAAAACUUUAGCAUCAUCUAAGCAGCAAAACUAUUGAACAAACAGAUUAGCCCUACCCUGAAAAAGUAACAAGCAACAAGCAGGCAAACAUUUCAUUUCAUGUAAAUAGUUCUUCCUUAAGUAGCGAACUUUAAUGAUUUCUUUUGGUGGCGGAUGACGAUCGGCUUUUAUAGAUUCUUCAAUAAAUAUUUCGUUUCCAUAGAUGUUAAUGCUAUUCUCAGUAAUAUAUAUGUGUAGCUGCAGUACAGUUAAUACAGAAAUUCUGUAGUAGAAACAAGUUUUGCCAUUACAGACGUCGAAAGAAUAUUAAUGUUUAUGUUCGAAGAAACACAAAAAUGUGACUAACAAAUAGGCUAAGCAUAACGAAACACACAGUAGUAUAGUUACAAGAUUUUAAUAUAGUAAAAAGAGCGUUUCUUAUUAUGAAAGUGAAUUUCGAAAUUUUCUAUUGUUAU